UCAAUCAAAGAAACUUCAAACUAUUAAAGUCCCCAUCGUCAGCUAAACAGCUUCAAAUACUGUUUCGUUAAAAAAUUAACUCAAUGCUGUAAACUAUUGUGUUAUUAUUAAUUUAAUUUAUUUGCUUUCACUAUUAUUUAUUUGUAUAUUGAUAAUAGUAAACUUCCACAAUACAGUGAAUUGUUGUUUAUAAAUGUAGCCUUAGUGAAGAGUAUAAAGGGGGAAAACAAUAAUCAAGUGUUUCUAUAGCAACAGGCAUAUCUGAAGUUAUUAUAUAAAGGAAAAAAAAAACUCUAAAACCUGUGGAGUUCCAAAACAUUUCUUAUAAUAUUGUAGAUCAGUUAUGAUGAAGGGAAUAAGUGAACAUGAAGGUUUACGUAUACGCAAGUCAAUACCAGGAUUGAAAACAAGCCGUUUACAGCAUGAAGAUGACGAUGCUGGUGAUGAUAAUGUACAAUUACUGAAGAAAAAUGUGGGAAACAAGAAACGUAAUUAUGAUUAUAGAAGAUAUAAUCAAUCUUCAACAAAAUAUCUUUCCUACAUUGACAAUGUACCUUUUGCACGUCGUAAAAAGCCAGAUUCAUGGCUGAUAUGCUUUACAGAAAUAAGCAUAGUAUGUGGCGUUCUGUUGCUUGGCUAUUCAGUCUAUCAAUAUUCUGAUAGGAUGUAUAUACCAAUCACAAAAUUCUACGCCAAUUUAGGCAUAAAAGAGGCUCAAAAUCGUCUAAGCCAACAUCUACUAUAUGCAGCCAAUUCUAAGGAAGAGUAUAAAGAAGCUAUGUAUUGGUUGAAAAUAUCUGCUUUAGAAAAUAAAAAUCCAAUAGCCGCGUAUAAUUAUGUCAUCGCACAUAUUAAAAAUCAUAUGGAAGACAAUUACUUGACAGUUAAUGAACUGAAGGAUUUACUGAUGCAUGCAUGGAAAAAUGGGGUUGUAGAAGCUGAAAGCUUAUUACAACAUUGUGAAACAGAAGAAAAUCGUAGAAAAUGGAAAAACAUUGUGUUGGAAAACGAAAGUGAUGAUGAAUACACAGAUAUUUGAUUGAAUUCAGCUUUUAUCCUAGCAUUCACAGCUUCCUCAAGUGCUAAAUGACUGGACAUACACUGAUGAAGUGCUUCUGAUAGACGAUUAGACACUUUUUCUUGUUGUCCAAGAGGUAUACAACCAGCAUACCUUUGACGUAAAAUCUAAAUGAGUGAAAGUGGAUGGUCAGUGAACAAGAG